UGUGUGUGUCCUUACAGGCUGUCUGAGUGUGAAAAUGUCAGACCCUGAGAUCCAAACUCAGCCUCUCAUUGGAGCAAACAGCCAGCAAGCAGCCAUCAAUGUGGGAGCUCCAGCACAGAGUCCCCGCUCCUCUCGGGCCUAUAAAGUGGCAGGUCUGACUCUUUUGGCCUGUGUGCUGAUCGUGGGUCAGGCGGCGAUCGCCUACUUCCUCUUCAGCCAGAAGAGCGACAUCAAAUCUCUGCAAGAGGAGAACAAGAAAAUCAACACGGAGCUGAUGAAGGAGCGAUCUGCUUCUAUGCCUGUACGGAUGCACAUCCCCAUGAGCGCCAUGACUGAGAUGCUGGAUGACUCUACCAAGGAGGAGGCAUCAACUGACCCAGAAAAAACUGCCGCUCCUCUCACCACCUGCCAGCUGGAGUUUGCUGGUCUGAAACCCGUGCAGGUCCCUGGUUUCCAGCCCAGGUGUGACAAGAACGGCCUGUACGAGCGGCAGCAGUGCUUCAUGAGGCAGUGCUGGUGCGUGAACCCAGCGGACGGGCAACAGAUCCCUGGAACUCUGCGACAGGGAAAAGUCUUUUGCGGCGCUCCUGCUGUCUCCGGUGAGACCAGAUAA